AUGGUUUCUUUCACCUGCUGUCUCGGUAGUCCAUUGUUCUCUUCUGAUCUUCGCCAAUGGAAUUUGAUCAUCAAGCAUCGAGUGCUUGCAGGUGAUUUGGAAGGAGCACUGUUUAUGUUCACAAAGAUGCAGAGAAUUGGUGUCCAAGGGGAUAACUAUACCUUCCCUCUUGUGUUAAAAGCUGCUGCUGGUCUUGCCAUUUCACAUGUUGGGUUUUCACUCCAUGGCCAAAUUAUAAAAACUGGCUUUUCAUCGCAUGUUUUCGUUCAAACUGCCAUGCUCAAGGUAUAUUAUGCUCUUGGAUACAUAGGCCGUGCCCGCCUAUUGUUCGACAAGAUGCCUGACAAAGAUUUGCUUGCUUGGAAUUCCAUGCUUGAUGCUUAUGCUUCGAAUGGGCAGAUGGAUGAUGCUCUAGACAUAUUUGAUUUGAUGCCCGUUAGAGAUUCUGUAUCCUUCAAUACCAUAAUCUCUGGGUACGGAAAGAUUGGCAGGGUAGCAUCUGCGAGGGAUUACUUUGACAGAAUGCCAAUGAAAGAUGAUGUCUCUUGGAAUUCGAUGAUCGCGGUGUAUACUAAGGCAGGGGAAAUGAAGCUGGCAAGUCUUUUAUUUGAUGAAAUGGUUGGAAGAAAUGUUGUCUCAUGGAAUACUGUCAUCAAUGGCUACUUACAGAACCAGUGUUAUGCGGAUGCUAUUGAUUUGUUCUACAAGAUGAAGGCCAGUAGAACGGAACCUAACCAUUUAACCCUGUCGGCUGUGUUAUCUGCCUGUGCCCACUUAUGUUCACUGGAGACCGGUGUGCGGAUCCACACUGAGGCUGUUAGAUUUCUGUCGGAUCCCCAUGUCACAGCUGCACUCAUAGACAUGUACUCCAAGUGUGGAAGCAUAGGAAAAGCUCUACAGGUGUUCUACAAGGCCCAAGUGAAGAACAUGUAUUGUUGGAAUGCCAUGAUCUCUGGGCUUGCACUUCAUGGUUGUGGCCAAGCUGCCUUGAGGCUUUUUGAUGAGAUGAAAGCUGAAUCGAUGAGGCCCGACGACAUUACCUUCAUUGGGCUCUUUAGUGCAUGUAGCCAUGCAGGCAUGGUUCAGGAGGGUAGCCUUCUGUAUGAAUGUAUGGAGAGAGAAUUUGGGGUUUCGCCCAAGGCUGAACACUAUUGCUGCAUGGUAGAUCUUCUAGGUCGAGCUGGAUUCCUUGACCUAGCAUAUGGGCUUAUAGAAACCAUGCCAUUUGAGCCUGAAGCAACUGUCUUGGGUGCUUUACUUGGUGCUUGUGUGAUUCAUGGGGACCUCAAGAUGGGUGAAUUGAUAGCUAAGCGCAUCAACGCGAGGGGUGAUUGUCUAACUGAUGGGGAGUACAUGAUGCUGGCUAACAUGCACGCAAUGUGCGGUCAAUGGCUGGAAUCAAACAGAUGGAGAAGAAAGAUGAAUAAUGCCGGAAUUAGUAAGCCUGCAGGUUGUAGUUUGAUAGAGAUUGAUGGCAAAAUGCAUAGAUUUUUGGCUGGAGAUUUCGAAGAUGUUUGA